AUGGGCUCCCUGCGGCUCUUCGUCCCCCGCUGGUGCCGCUACGCCUCUCCCGUUCUGGUGCAGGCGCGGAGCGCAGCCCCCGGGGUUGGACCCGGGCAGGCGCCGCUGCUGUGCCGGCCCCCAGGGCAGGGCCCGCUGCCGGGCUGGAGAACGUGCAGCUCCUCCCAGGCCUCCUCCAAACUGCCCGGCAGCGACCCGAGAGAGAUCAGUGCUGGCAGCUCCGCUGGAGCUGCCGAGGAGCAGAAGGAUGACGACGAUGAUGAUGAAGGUGUGGAGUUCGGGACGCUGUCUGAUAAAUUUUCCUCUAGAAAAUAUUACCACAAAACCACAGCGCGCUUUCGGGAUUUAAAGCUUCAAGAAGAAGGAGAAGAAGAACCAGAAAGGAAACCUCGACGUGGCCCUAAGAACACUCCAUACUGGUACUUCCUACGGUGCAAGGCCCUCAUCAAAGAGGACAAGCUGGCAGAGGCUCUGGAGCUGUUUGAGGUGCAGAUGCUGAAGGAGGAGCGUGUCCAGCCAGAAGAAGGCAAUUACACUGUUCUCAUUGGCGGCUGUGGCAGGGUUGGCUAUGUGAAGAAGGCAUUCAGGCUCUACAAUGAUAUGAAAAAACGAGGGUUAAUCCCCACAGAGGCCACUUACACAGCCCUGUUCAACGCCUGUGCUGAGUCUCCAUGGAAGGACUCGGGGCUGCAGAGCGCCCUGAAACUGCGGCAGCAGCUGCAGAGCAAAAACGAGGAGCUGAACCUCAUCACCUACCACGCCCUGCUGAAGGUCUGUGCCCUCUGCUCAGACCUCAGGAUGUGCUUGGAUGUACUCAAGGAAAUUGUGCAGAAGGGCCAUGUCCUCACAGCUGAGACCUUCAGUUUCCUUCUCAUGAGCUGCAUAAAAGACAGUGAAAAUGGCUUCCGAUUUGCCUUGCAGGUUUGGCAGCAAAUGAAUAAACUGGGAAUAAAGGCUGACAGCCACACCUACAACCUGAUGCUGCGCGCGGCCAGAGACUGUGGGAUUGGCAAUCCUGCUGUGGCCUCUAAACUCCUGCUCAGUCCCCCUGAGAACUCACCUCAGCUAAAGCUGCCACCUGGCAGGCGGAAGAAAAAGGUGCAAAAUCAGAGGAAGAAGGGAUCAGAGAGUGCUGCUGUCCAGCUGGAUGUGGAAGCUAUGGAAAAGCAAUUAUUUCAGGAGAGUUCGGUGCAGCCCGAGGAACGGAUCCAGCAACAAAAUAAAGAUGUGGCUGGGGCUGAAGCAGAACCAGCUGCUCCUGACAGCCCCAGUGUCACUCACAGCAGGGCUGGAGCCUUGAUGAGGAGAGCCCAGAGUGAGAUGGAACGGGAACAGCCACACCCAAACCAGAAGCUGCCUUUCUGCAACCUGCCCAACUUGUUGGAUUCCAGAGUGGCUGACACAGCUGUGGUUUCUCUGGGGACGGUGGCCACACCAGCCCAUAGACUGGCUCUGAUGGGGGAUGUGGAGGGAUUCUUGAACAAAAUGAAAGAGGACAAUGCAGAGCCCAACAUUAAAACGUUCACGUUACUGGCUGAGCUGGUGGAACCCCAAAGCCCCUCAGAGUCCUCUUUGCUGGCGUUGCUGGAUGAUCAUAAAGUAAAAGUAGAUGUGACCUUCUUCAACACUUUAAUGAGGAAGAGAAGUAAACAGGGAGACCUGGAGGGAGCAAAGAGGUCUGGAAUAACUCCCAACAAGUACAUCUACAGCAGCCUCAUUGCUGCUGCUGUGAGGCAGCUGGAUUACAGUUACCUCACGGAGAUCCUGCGGGACAUGAGGAAUAACCAGGUGCCUCCCAAUGAAGUGAUCAUCCGGCAGCUGGAGUUCGCAGCGCGGUACCCUCCCAAAUUUGACAGGUAUAAGCACAAAAACCCAUACCUGGAGAAGAUUGAUGGUUUCCGUGGCUACUACUACCGGUGGUUAAAAUUUAUGGCUGGAGAGGAGACCCCCCACCCCUGGGCCAAGUACAGGACAGCAAAGCCUGGGGGGCAGGACAGCAAGGCAGAGGCUGUGCAGGAAAAUGGAGCAGGAUGCUGA